UAACGAAUGUUAUUAAUGCAAAUGUAAUGGAAACAAUCAGUAGCAGUCCUAAUGUUGAGAGUGCAAAUGUUACCACUUUAAAUGCUGCUGGAACAACCGUUAAUGCUAUAAAUGCAGUGGAAAUGUCUGUUACAGCAACAGAUACAGCGAGAAUGAAUGCUCAAAUGAAUUCAGCCACCGCUCUCUGUGAAGUCGAUCAUAACCUCUUGCGAAAGUUUCGUGCUAAAAUGGAUAGACUAAAGCAUGCUCAUUGUUCCAUGUGUAACGAAAGUUUUCCAUCGAUAGUACUCGUAAAGGGACAAUGCCAUCGCUGUUAUAGUGAAAAGAUACUUCCUAAAAAAUUCUCUCAAGAAAACAACAUGGACCCCGGUGAAGUUCCUGAGGAAUUAAAAGAUCCCACAGAAAUUGAAGAGAUGCUAAUAUCGCAAGUUUUUACAGUAAUGUCUGUAUAUCGACUUCAUAGAGGACAAUAUGGGUAUAGAGGAAAUGUCAUAAACUUCCCUCAAAACGUUCAAGAAUUUAUCACUCGACUUCCCCGUCAUCCAUCAUCAUUGGAAGUACUAAUUGUGCGUCGUAAGUCUUUCAAUGAUUCUGCAGCAUUUAAAGAUUUUAAUGUUCGUCGCACCAAAGUUGCUCGUGCCCUACAAUGGUUGAAGGAAAAUAAUCGAUAUUACGCGGAUAUUGUUAUCGAUAAUGAAGUACUUUUAACCUUACCUGAAAACGGCCCAGUUGAUGACCAACUUCCCCAAUUUCACAAUGAUGCUUUAUAUUCUGAAGAUGAAAAUGAUGCAAUCUCACGUAGCUUUGUACCUUCGCUUCUCUCAGUACAUAGUGAAGGAAUUUCCAUUAAUAAUGCCAUUAAGCGUGUGCAAGCCAGAAAUCCACCAGUAGAAUGGCCGCAAAUUGACAGUAACCCUGUCAACGAAUUUCAAACUCCAGGCUACAUCGCACGAGCGUUUCCAACUCUUUAUCCAUAUGGCCGUGCAGAUCUUCGUUCUGAACGUAUUAAGGAAGUAAAACCAGCCGAAUAUUUUAAACACCUACUUCUGUACAAAGAUGGAAGAUUUGCACGCCAUACUUGUUGGAGAUAUUUUGCACUAAACUCCCAAAUGCGAUGGCGGGCAUUACAAGAGGGAAGUGUGUUUGUUAGGCAAAACUUGAAUGAUGACCAGCUAACUGUUGAAGAAAUACAUAAUGCGAUAGCUAAUGGUGAUAAUUAUAUGUCUAACCGAAUUAUGCGAUAUGGGGAAAGUUUACGUAGAUCUAGGCAGUUUUGGACGGCGCGGAGCUGUGAGCUAUCUGAUAUGAUUAAACAAAUAGGUUCACAAGGGUUAGUGUUCUUUACAUUUAGCGCUGCCGACUUGCAUUGGCCAGAGCUCCAUAAACUCAUAAGAGAAAGUGGUGGCUACAGAAAGGAAAAUAACUCAGCUGAACAACGUAGUCAGAAUAUUAUUAAUAAUCCUCAUAUCGUUAGCUGGUUUUUUAAUAAACGCUUCGAGACUUUUUUUGAAGAGGUGUUGAAAAAUCGAUGGAACUUGGAAGAUUGGUGGUAUAGAUUUGAAUGGCAGCAUCGUGGUAGUGUUCAUGUACAUGGAAUAGGAAAAAGAAGAAGUGCACCUGUAAUUGAGUGGGAGCAUAUGAAAAGUGAUGAAAAUAUAAUGGAGGAAGUUAUACAAUAUCUUAAUGGCCUGGUUACUACAAUAAACCCAGGACUUAAUGCACCCGUACCUGAUCGCCAUCUAUGUCAAAAAAAUCACGACGAAAUACAUGACGAUCUGCAAGAUUAUAUCGACCUUAUUAAUAAAUUACAACGACACACACGAUGCAGCCCUUCAUACUGCCUUCGCAUUAACAAAUCUGGCCAACAAUUUUGUAGAUAUGGUUAUCCCAAGGAGAUUAGUGAACAUACUUAUUUGCGUGAUGAUAAUCAUGGACAUCCAGAACUUGUGACUAAAAGAAACGAUCCAUUUGUUAAUCCACAUAGUAGACUGCAAUUACAAGGUUGGAGAGCCAACAUUGACCUAAAGCCAGUUCUUAGCAUUCACGCCGCCUUACAAUAUAUAUCUAAGUAUACAAGUAAGGCAGAGCCAAGGUCUACAGCGUUUUCAGAUAUAUUAAAUCAUAUACUUUGUAAUAGCAGACCUGAAGAUUCAUCACUCGUUGCGAUCCAAAGACUGCUGUUACAUAAUGUUGCAGAACGCGAUAUCUCGGCACAAGAGACUUGUCACUUACUCCUUGGGAUUCCUCUUUAUCACUCCAGUCGCUCAUUUAUUUCUUUAAAUCUCAAUACAGAAACACCUAGAUGGCUUCGUGGUACUGGCAAUAAUACAGUUAGUGAAGCUGGAAUGACUUCACGGUCAGUUUUAAGAACUUAUCAAGACAGACCAGUUGAGUAUGAAGAUUUUUCAUUAUACAAACUCAACUUAACACAUAAAUUUAUAAACAAUAAAUGGGUAAGAUGUGAACGUGAAAACAUCAUACGCAUUUGGCCACGUCCCUCGCCUCUACGUAAUGGCCCUCAAUGGGAGGAUUUCUGUCGCAUUAAGGUUAUUCUUCAUGUUCGCCAUCACAAUCUUGAUCAGCUAACAGAAAAUAAUACAGUUUCAUGGACAGUCUUAUACGAACGUUACCUCGAAGAAAUUCAUGCUGAUCCAGUUGAUCUACUUGGUCCUCCUGUGGACAAUGAAGAAGUCGAUAAUGUUGAAGAAGUGGAUGAAGAAGAACAGCUUGAAGAUGAUGAACAGGAGGAGCUCCGUCUUGAAUGGAUGCUUUUGGCUGAAAUGGGUCCAAGAGCAAAUAUAGUUGAUUCUUCUGACUUGGGAUCUCGUAGCAUGGAUAGGAGUUAUGACUGGAUUAAUGAAACCAGACAAUGCUAUUCAAAUUCUGACAUUAGAGAUGCAGGUAUUUUCGUGCAGCAAGCUUCUAACACUUCUAUAGUGGAAGAAAAUGCGUCAGAUGAAAUUGAUUAUCAGACUUUAAAUGAAGAUCAAAAAACGGUCCUUAAUCGAAUAGAAACUCAUUAUCGCAGUAUACUUGAAGGCCAUCAGGUUGAACCACUAAAAAUUAUUAUAAUGGGAACCGCAGGAACAGGAAAAUCAUACCUUAUAAGAGCUAUUCGAGACAGACUUCGUAUGAUGACAGUAGACAAGGUUGAUUCUCCUGUCCUUGUUCUUGCCCCAACAGGAGUUGCGGCCUUUAAUAUUAACGGGUCAACACUUCAUUCAACGCUUUCCCUUCCUAUAUUAUCUAGAAAUAAUUUUGAUAUAAGUGGUGAAAGGUUGAAUCAAUUGCAAAGCAAACUAAGCCAUGUGAAAUAUUUCAUUAUUGAUGAAAAGAGCAUGGUCGGGCACCAUAUGCUUGCCUUAAUUGACAUGCGAUUGCGGCAAGCUUUUCCCGAACAUAAUAAUGAACCUUUCGAUUUUGGCCAGCUCCCACCUGUACUGGACCUUCCGAUGUAUGCUAACAACAUUUCGCGAGCCCCAUUUUCGAACGAUGGCCUUACAGUGUAUAAGCAGUUUCUAGAAGUGUAUAAGCUUAAAGUAAUUCAACGGCAAUCUGGUGAUUCUGAGGAACAACAAAACUUUAGAGAUAUCCUCUUACGUUUGCGUAAUGGAGAAUCUACUAUAACUGAUUGGGAAACUCUUACCACAAGGGUUGAAGACAAAUUAAGCAAAAUCGAGCGAGAGCAAUUCUCAGACGCUGAAUAUAUCUUACCAAAGUGGUCUGAGGUUGACAAAAUUAAUAUAGAAAAGCUUAAAUCAUUGAAUUGUCCUAUCGCAAAGAUCGUCGCCACACAUACUGGCAUUGGCGCAAAAAACGCAGAUUCCGAUGUAGCAAUGGGUCUUGAAGCACAACUCUUAUUGGCUAAAGGCGCCCAAAUCAUGCUAACUGCUAACCUAUGGACAAAAGCAGGGUUA